GGGCGGGUUGCGUGCUGGCGGCAAUCGCUCACAUUGGGCUGCUUGGAAGUAAAGGAAUUAUGCCCCAGAGCCAGAAAUUCCUGAUACAAGCACCACUUAUCGGGACUGCGGUAGGGUUAUACUUUGCACCCCGUUUCAGAAUACGCAACGUCACAGUCUGGGAUGACGAAGAAGAAGACUGA